GCUUAGUUCCAAGCAGGCAGAGAGCUGCACGGAGAGGAUAGCAGAGCGGGCAGCGGAGAGGGCCGGCUCACCUGCUCUUUCCAUCCUCAUCUCUUCACUCUGCAAAAUUCCCACUGCCAGUGAAUCGAUCGUAUUAAUCAAGUGCUCGAGGGAGGACGACGUACAACAGACACAUCCCUGCCCACCCUGCAACUGAGCCCUCCUUUCCCAGGAAGAGGGCACGCCGAUGCUGGCAACCCAACCACGGGAGAUUCUCACUGCUGAGCGAAACGUCCAAGGAAAGAGGGGGAGUCAGUGGUUAGAGCCUUGGAGUCUCGGCCCCAUCCAGGACUGGAACAGACGGCCGCCAUGCUGGGCCCUGAGCGGAAGAUGUUCCCUGUCCCCACAGGUGGAUGUUGGUUGCUGCUGCUGCUGCUGCUGUCGCCGCUGCUCCCAGGCAGCUGGGGUCUGGUUAUCACUCCUGGGGACCCUGAGAUCAUCCUCAACGUGUCCAGCACCUUUUCUCUGACCUGUUCGGGGGCUGAGGCCCCGGUGGCGUGGGAACGGGGGCCGCAGCUCCUGCCCGCUCCCCCAUCCGUCCGCCAGGACGACGGCACCUUUGUCAGCACCUUGACUCUGGAGAACGUCACGGGGCUGGACAGCGGAGAAUACAGCUGCUCCCAGGGCCUGGAACCUGCCAUCAAACGGCGAGUCUAUGUCUUUGUGCCAGACCCUUCGCUGGUUUUCCUCCCCGCUCCCCUGGAGGAUCUGUUCAUCUUCCUGGCUGGAGACGGAGAGGCCACCAUCCCGUGCCGGGUGACGGACCCCGGCCUCGUGGUCACCCUGUAUGAGAAGAAGGUGGAUAUCCCGCUGCCCGUCCCCUACGAUCCCCAUCGUGGCUUUACGGGCCUCUUCGAGGACAAGACCUACAUCUGCAGGGCCACCGUCGGCGACGGGGAGGUGGACUCGGAUACCUACUACAUCUACCGGAUCCAAGUGUCCACCAUCAAUGUGUCCAUGAGCGCGGUCCAGACGGUGGUGCGACAGGGAGAGAACAUCACAGUCAUGUGCACUGCCAGGGGGAGCGAGGUCAUCAACUUCGACUGGGCCUAUCCCCGGAAGGAGAGCGGAAGGCCGGUCAACCUAGUGACGGACUUCCUGUCGGGGACGGCUUACGACAUCCGCUCCAUCCUGCACAUCCCUAGCGCUGAGCUGGGGGACUCGGGCACCUACAUCUGCAACGUCUCCGAGGGCUACGGCGACCACAGAGACGUGAAAGACAUCAACAUCACCGUGGUUGCACAGGGCUUCAUGCAUCUGCACACGGAGCUGGGCAGCACAGAGUUUGCCGAGCUGCACAAGAGCUGCGAGCUGCAGGUGCAGGUGGAGGCCUAUCCACAGCCCACCAUCCUGUGGCUCAAAGACAACAAGACCCUCAGCCAGGGAAACGCCAACGAGAUCUCCAUCUCCAACAGGAACCUGUCGGAAACCAGGUACGAGUCGACCCUGACCCUGGUGCGGGUGAAGGUGAACGAGGGCGGCCGCUACACCCUGCGAGCUUUCCACGAUGAUGAUGUCCAGGAAUUCUCCUUUCACCUGCAGAUCAACGUGCCAGCCAAGGUGGUGGAGCUUACCGAGAGCCACCCCAGCAGCGGCGAGCAGAUCCUGACGUGUCGCUCCCAGGGAAUGCCCCAGCCUCAAGUCACCUGGUUCACCUGCAGCGACUUCAAGAGAUGCCCCCGUGACGUGCAGCCCACCCUCCUGGGGAACAACUCGGAGGAGAUCCAGCUGGAGACCAACGUGACCUACCUGGAGGAGGAGAAGGUGUUCGAGGUGCUGAGCUCCCUCCGCCUGCGGCACGUGGACCAGCCCUUGUCCGUCAGCUGCACCGCCAGCAACCUGCUGGACGCCAACACCCAGGAGGUCACUGUUGUCCCUCACACUCUGCCCUUUAAGGUGGUGGUAAUCUCAGCCAUCCUGGCCCUGGUGGUCCUCACCGUCAUCUCCCUGGUGAUCCUGAUCGUGCUGUGGCAGAAGAAACCUCGCUACGAGAUCCGCUGGAAGGUGAUCGAGUCUGUCAGCUCGGACGGCCAUGAGUACAUCUACGUGGACCCCAUGCAGCUCCCUUAUGACUCCACCUGGGAGCUCCCCCGGGACCAGCUCAUUCUGGGCCGCACGCUGGGCUCCGGGGCCUUCGGACGGGUGGUGGAGGCCACGGCGCACGGCCUGACCCACUCCCAGUCGACGAUGAAAGUGGCCGUCAAGAUGCUGAAAUCCACCGCCAGGAGCAGUGAGAAGCAGGCCCUCAUGUCGGAAUUGAAGAUCAUGAGCCACCUGGGGCCCCACCUGAAUAUCGUCAACCUGCUGGGAGCCUGCACCAAAGGAGGCCCCAUCUACAUCAUCACGGAGUACUGUCGAUACGGCGACCUGGUGGACUACCUCCAUCGCAACAAGCACACCUUCCUUCAGCACUGCUCCGAGAAGGCCCGGCGGGAGGCUGAGCUGUACAGCAACGCCCCGCCCGAGUACCAGCUCUCCAGCCACACAUCGCUGUCCUUGGAGAGCGACGGGGGCUACAUGGACAUGAGCAAGGACGACUCAGUGGACUACGUGCCCAUGCUGAGCAUGAAGGGGGAGAUCAAGUACGCCGACCUCGAGACCUCCAACUACGUGACCCCCUAUGACAGUUACAACCCUGCAGACCCCCAUGGGCCAACUCCUGAGAGGACCUUCAGGGCCACCCUGGUCAAUGAGUCUCCCCUCCUCAGCUACAUGGAUCUGGUGGGCUUUAGUUACCAAGUGGCCAAUGGCAUGGAAUUCCUCGCCUCCAAGAACUGCGUCCACCGAGAUCUGGCUGCCAGGAACGUGCUGAUCUGCGAGGGGAAACUGGUCAAGAUCUGUGACUUUGGCCUGGCUCGGGACAUCAUGAGAGACUCCAACUACAUCUCCAAGGGCAGCACCUUCCUGCCCCUGAAGUGGAUGGCCCCCGAGAGCAUCUUCAACAACCUCUACACCACCCUGAGUGACGUCUGGUCCUUCGGCAUCCUCCUCUGGGAGAUCUUCACCUUGGGUGGCACACCCUACCCCGAGCUGCCCAUGAACGAGCAGUUCUACACCGCCAUCAAGCGCGGCUACCGCAUGUCCAAGCCCACUCACGCUUCCGACGAGAUCUACGAGGUCAUGCAGAAAUGCUGGGAGGAGAAGUUUGAGAUCCGACCUUCCUUUUCCCAGCUGGUGCUGCUCUUGGAAGGUCUCCUGGGGGAGGGCUACAAGAAGAGAUACCAGCAGGUGGACGAAGAGUUUCUGAGAAGCGAACACCCCGCCGUGCUCCGGAUCCGCCCCCAGCUCCCCGGCCUGGGCCGUCCCGGGGCCCCUCCGGACACCGGCUCGGUUCUCUACACGGCCGUGCGGGGGAACGGGGGCGAGAACAACUACAUCAUCCCCCUGCCCGACCCCAAGCCCGAGGGCGGCAGCCAUGACGACCUGCCCCCGGACGGCUCCCACAGCCUCGCCAGCUCCACCCUGAAUGAGGUCAAUACGUCCUCCACCAUUUCCUGCGACAGCCCUCUGGAGCCCCAGGAAGAGCCAGAGCCGGAACCGGAGGUGGAGGCGGCAGGCCAGCCGCAGCCCGGGCUACCGGCGGAGGUGGAGGACAGUUUCCUGUAGCUGGGCCUACGCUGGAGACCUUCCUCCAGGAUAGACGGGGGGCCCUGGCCCCAGGGGCCCUCCCCACCCGUCUCCCCCCACCACACCUGCCCGUCUGUCCCCUCCAGCUCCUCCCCGCCCCCGCGGGCUGGGUGGGCCCCCCGGGCUCCCGGCCCCUUCUCCCUCUUCGCCGGGAUGCCCCGUGCCAACAUCGCUCUGCACGAGGCCGGGACCUCGCCUGCCCCUCUCCUCCCAUUCUCUCCUCCCUCUGAGGACUCUUCUUCCGCUGAACCCCUGGGCUCAAGCCCGGUCUGAAAGCCUCAGGGACCCUUGCGGGACUCGGGGUGGGGAGGAAUCCACAUCCUGGCCCCCUGAAGCACGGGCCUCGUCGGCCUCAGCCGGGAGGGGCCGGGAGGGGCAGAGGGGACGCGGCCUAGUCCGGCGCCCACCCUGGGACACUCGGAACCACAGCUCUGCAUGCGCCGGGAGUGAUGGAGGAGAGCUCCGGAGCAGAAACCAGGCCGCUCCCACCCGCCUGCGGCAGGCGUGCCGCCGAUGGGGAUGAGAGGCGGAGGCCUCCUCUCGUGGCCCCCCGGGAGCCCCUGCCAGUGCUCCCGAAGACCAGCCCCGCCUCCGGCUGUGGAGCAGCCAUGCCAGGGUGGGUGAAGGAGAGAAGUGGUUUCUGGUGGGUUGGCUCUGGGGGCCUGAGUGUGCCACACCCUCUGGCUGACUCACUGGCCACGGCUCGAUCCUCUCUUUCUCCUGGAGAGGAAGGGCUGGGGCUCCUCUCCCUCCCUCCCUUCCCGUGCCACCCCCAUCUCUUCCCUCUUUCUGGGGAAAAAAGGGGCAGGGGGAUGUGUGAAUAACCUUCCCGCUGCUGCUGCUGCUGCUGCUCCCUGGCCUGCCCCAGGGCCUGCGCAGCAAAGCAAAGGGAACCUCUGGGGGAUUGUGGCUAGUCGCCUCUCCCGUUGAGCCUCAAGAGGAACCUUAGAUCCCCUGCUCCUUGCCUCUUACUUAAGCAGCCAGGGCUCCAGUCCUGGGGGUGCCAGGAUCUGUCUCCGAGGGCCCCACAGCUGCCGUCCAGACAGAAGACUCCAGAGCCCGCAGGCUGCUGCCUCUCCUAGGCAGCGACCCGGGGAACUGGGUUUCUUUCUUGGCUAUCCCGAAGGUCCCUCUUCAGGGUCCUGGAUUCAACCCUCCCUUCUCUCGUCCCCCUCUCUUACUUGGGUCAGGGAGGCCUUUCCCCUUCACUUGCACUUUUUCCUGCCCCCGCUACAUUCCUCCCCAGGCUGGGCUCCGACUCGCUCUUCCACUGCUCUCUCCCGGCUCCCUCUCUGCCCUUCCCGGCCCGCCGAAGGGGCGACUCCACUGACGGUACCCAAGCUCGAGUUCCAGGACCCCCCCCGCCCAUCACCCGCAGCUGGCUGACCGGGAUGGUCUCUCAGCCCGAGGCAGGCGGUGACCAGGCAGGAGGGGAGAGGAGGCAGAGAGGAGGGUGGUCUUGGGGAGUGGAUGGGAAGGCGGGAACAUUUUUGCUGCCGAGGCGAAGGCGGGCAACUAAGGUUACAGGCAGCCUGCAUAGGUGGCAUCUCCCGUCCCCGGAGCCUGGCAUGGAGCCAAAGUGCUGUAAAAUGGCCGAGAAGCAGGGGAACACCAGAAGGUGGGUUGUACGAGGAUGGAAAGGGGUAGAAAUGACAUGCCCGUCUGCACCCGCCACCCCCAGUCCGCUGCAGCUCCAAGCCCUGAUGAGGGAAGGAAGGUCAAAAUGGUCUAAAGGCUUAGCCUAGGCAGCAGUGCCCUGUUCCUGUCCUGACAGGCACAGGUCUCGGGUCCCGUGAGACCAGGCUUCCGGGCUAGGGGAGGGUCACGAUGCAGGGGGAGGGUGAGCAGGGUCCAUCCAGAGCCAACUGCAAACACUAACCCCUGCUAGCCUUCAGUCGUCCAGCCCUGAUGGGUAAUAAAUGGCCCGGUCUGCCCCCCAGGAUGGCAGAAAGCUCUGAAAGCAGAGCCAGUCUGAGGACGUGACCCUUCCUAUGUCCCCAGAUGGGUUGUCAAUUCAUCUGCUAUGAAAUAAUAAUAAUGAUGAUGGCAUUUGUUAAGCACUUACUACGUGCCAAGCACUGUUCUAAGCGCUGGGGG